AUGAUUCCGCCUGAGUUGGCUGGCUCUGAUGAAACGAUGCGAUGUUUUACUGCUACACUCAACGCAAUCAUGCAGAAACGACUUGAAAUCAUCAGUGAUGAUCAUGGAACAUGUUGUCUGGCCUCAGGGCUUUGCACUGUUCAUUCGAAUCGUAUCUACAAGGCUGCGGAGAGUUUUGUGAAAGUUGUUGAACAGAUGUUUGAAUCUGAGAUUCUUACUGCAACUUUUGCAAAAAUGAGCUUUAUGAGCAAUGUGUCCAGUGAAGAUGUUCCGAAGAAAAUAUCCAAGGCAGCAGCAGUUGCAAACGGUGGAAAAUCUGCAGGUGUGGGCUAGCU